UGUUGGUUGUCGCGUUCGUGUGCGCGCACAAAAUCAGCAGCAGCAGCAAACGCAGCAGCAACAGCAAGCAGCGCAGCAAUUGCAAUCGAAUAAAGAAUAUAUAAAAAUUUAGCUAGCUCGUUGCAGUUGUUGCAAGUGAAGUGCGUGCCAGUAACGGCAUAAACAACAACAACAAUAACAAAAAAUAAUUUGUUUAUUUUUUGAGGCGGGCGCGCAGGGCAUUGUGUCAAUGCAAAAUUGACGAUUAUAUAAAAGUGCGCGGCAUUCAAUUCUAAUUACAAACAAACGGCAAAUAAAUAAUAUGUUGCCUUCAAAACAAUUAAAACAACAAUAGUUAACGCAACGUUUCUAAAAACAUUUCUCAAAUAAUUAAACUAAGAAAACGUAAAUUACACAAAAUAAGAAAAAACUUUAACUUUGUUAACCAAAAGUGGCCUGCAAAACGAAGCAACAACCCAGAAAUGUGAUUCAAAGUGCGCAAUGUAACAAAAAACGUAAACAAUUUUGUUUUGGAUAAACAAAAUAGUAAAUAAAGCCAACAAAAAUACAAAUAAUUAUACAAAUAAAUACCAACAACAACAAAUGGAACUCGCGCGAGCGGCCAUUGUCAAUGAUUAAAACGGAGAGUUAGAUUGAUAGCUCGCAACGUCGCCGUCGCCGGAUUCGCCGUCGUCUUAGUUAGCAUUAGACGUAGACACACACACAUACCAACACACAUACACCCACACAACCCUCUUCAAUGCAGCAGCUACAGUCGCAUCAACAGUUUUUAGAACAUUAGUCCAAAGCACACACAGUUCCAGAGCAGCCAGAGCUAGACAGCGAGCAGCAUAAACAUAGCGAGAGGAAAAGAGAAAGACCGCGGGAGAGUGAGCGAAAGCGAUUUAGCCACCAUGGACAUCAAGAUUGAGCAGCAACAGCAGCAGCAGCAGCAGCAGCAACAACAACAACAACAGCAGCAGCAGCAGCAACAAACGGAGCUGGGACCCGUUUCGCCUUCGGAGGUGCCAAAUGAUCCUGGCAAAAUGUUCAUUGGCGGCCUCAGCUGGCAGACCAGCCCAGAGAGCUUACGCGAUUAUUUUGGACGCUACGGCGAUAUCUCUGAGGCAAUGGUCAUGAAGGAUCCCACGACUCGCAGAUCCAGGGGCUUUGGCUUUGUCACAUUCAGCGAUCCAAAUAGCGUAGAUAAGGUACUCACCCAAGGCACACACGAGCUGGAUGGCAAAAAGGUGGACCCGAAAGUAGCUUUUCCGCGACGUGCACAUCCCAAGAUGGUGACGAGAACGAAGAAAAUCUUUGUGGGCGGCCUCUCGGCGCCCACCACGCUAGAGGAUGUCAAAAGCUACUUUGAACAGUUUGGUCCGAUCGAGGACGCAAUGCUAAUGUUCGACAAGCAGACCAAUCGGCACAGAGGUUUUGGCUUCGUUACAUUUCAAAGCGAAGAUGUGGUAGACAAAGUUUGCGAAAUUCAUUUCCAUGAGAUAAACAACAAAAUGGUCGAGUGCAAGAAGGCGCAGCCCAAGGAGGUAAUGCUGCCGGCAAAUCUGGCCAAGACACGGGCGGCUGGUCGUUCCGCUUACGAUAACAUCAUGUGGGGUCUGGGGACAUUGCCCGAAGGCUUUCCGGCAGCUGCGUAUGCUGCCUAUGCCGCUGGUCGCGGCUACUCGGGCUAUCCCAGCUUUGGUCUACCCUAUCCAACUGCUGGUGUUAUGGGCGUAAUGCCGGAGAAUCGUAUACUGAUCGGUGAUUACAUGGUCGCCCCCACGACAGCCAGCAGCACGGCCUAGAAGCGACUAUGACUAUGACUAUGAUCUAAACUGACAUUUGUUUGAUCGAGUAUUAUACCAAGAUCUGAAGAAAUAAAAACAAACAAACUUAAACUGUGAAAAGCAAACUCUAGAGCGUUCGUCAUAUCAAUGCACAAAUCGUACUCUAAAACAAAUCUAAGAAAAUAUAACUGAAAUCAUAAGCGAAGCAGCUCCAAAGACAUAUUCAUCAUUUAGGCGCCCCACUCACAUCCAUUGCUGCUGCUUGGCCUUGUGUUUCUAUAUCAUCACACGCAUACACUGAGCGAAAAUCCCGACUCACACACCAUUUGCUAGUACUAGAGCCCACUCCCACUCGAUACAAAAGCCUCUACAUUCAUUCCCAUCUGUGUUUUGGUUCUUUUAUUAUUAUAUUUUGUUUCGCUAGGGUUGGAACGGAUGUUGGCAGUACUCAAAUCCAACACUAGCCACAGUUAUCGAUUAACGAUAAACGAUUGUCAGAAGUCAGCAAACAGAAUUAGCGAACAGAAUCAGAAACUUGUCCCAAAAUUCACGAAUGCAAAGAUUUUGAAUAUAUAAAUAUAUAUUUUCAUAUAAACGCAUUCGUCCCAACCCUAGCCUAGUCACCCACUCUCUCUCUC